AUGACCUCACCAAGGACUGCCCUGUGCUUAUUACUCCUCUCCCUGGUCCAGGGGAUGCCCAGUCUUUUGGAAAUGGACACUAAGAUUGGUCUUUCAGGCUCUCACCUGGGAUUAAAAGUUUCAUCCAUCCUUAAUGGAAAUAGACACCCACCCGACACAAAGUAUCCCCUCUAUAUGAUGCAGCUGUACCAUACUCUACUGAAAAACGAGACCAAAUUAUCCACCCUAGAACAUACGGACAGUCCGGACUAUAACACUGUGCUAAGCCUUGUGGCAAAAAAUUGCACUGAGGUCAAUAACCGUCUAAUGCUAUCAUUUGAUAUGUCCUCAAUCUCCACCAGCAACGAGCUACAGUUGGCACAACUAAGAAUCCACCUCCCUUCUUUUGAGAUAUCCCAUACUGUAACUGUGGACAUUUAUCACAGCAAGAAAGGUAGACAACUCUUCCUCGGGUCAUUCAAGAUUACCCCCACUGACACGCAUGGGUCUGCUUGGAGGAGCUUUGAUCUUACCAAAAUGAUUCAAUACUUCCUCCACCAGGGAGAAAAAUACAUGGAUAAUGAGUACCUGAAGGACAUAUACAUGACUGAGACAAACUUGGACUCCAGCAUCGAAGCAGAGUCAGAACAUGCCACAAACAGGGUCCAUGUUUCCACUCUGGAGAGAGUUGUGCUGGUGGUGUUUGCAAAGGACAAUUCCUUCAACAGCAUCUCUGGGUCUCCCAGCCUCAUUAAAACAGUGGAGUCCUCUAAAUAUGUCAUUUUGGAGAAGGCUGCCAGAAUUCCAGGUAUUAGAAGACACAGGAGGAACAAACAUGAGAACUAUAUGUUAAUGAACAAUGUGCCCUUUAGACCAAUAGAAAAUGGAACACCCCUUUGCCGAAGAGUGGAUAUGAUUGUGGACUUUGGUGAAAUUGGAUGGGGAAGCUGGAUUGUCUACCCCAGAAAAUACAAUGCCUAUAGAUGUGAAGGUGCCUGUCCAGUCCCACUGAAUGAAACUUUCAAGCCAACAAAUCAUGCCUACAUGAAGAGCGUGGUGAAGCUGUACCAACCGGAAAGGGUGGAAUGUCCUUCCUGCGUUCCAGUGAAGAUGAGCCCGCUGUCCAUGCUGUACUAUGAGGGAAGAGAUGUGGUUUUAAGGCAUCACGAAGAAAUGAUUGUUGAGGAGUGUGGGUGCAGUUAA